CUGCCGAGGCCGCGCCCCCUGUUCCUGCCGCCACCAUCGCCGCAGCCGCGGCCACCGCCGUCGUAGCCCCAACCUCGACGGUCGCCGUGGCCCCCGUCGCAUCUGCCUUGGAGAAGAAAACAAAGAGCAAGGGGCCCUACAUCUGCGCUCUGUGCGCCAAGGAGUUCAAGAACGGCUACAAUCUCCGGAGGCACGAGGCCAUCCACACGGGAGCCAAGGCGGGCCGGGUCCCCUCGGGUGCUAUGAAGAUGCCCACUAUGGUGCCCCUGAGCCUUUUGAGCGUACCCCAGCUGAGCGGAGCCGGCGGGGGAGGGGGAGAAGCGGGAGCCGGCGGCGGAGCGGCUGCAGUGGCCGCUGGUGGCGUGGUGACCACCACCGCCUCGGGAAAGCGCGUCCGGAAGAACCACGCCUGUGAGAUGUGCGGCAAGGCUUUCCGCGACGUCUACCACCUGAACCGACAUAAGCUGUCGCACUCGGACGAGAAGCCCUACCAGUGCCCGGUGUGCCAGCAGCGCUUCAAGCGCAAGGACCGCAUGAGCUACCACGUGCGCUCACAUGACGGCGCUGUGCACAAGCCCUACAACUGCUCCCACUGUGGCAAGAGCUUCUCCCGGCCGGAUCACCUCAACAGUCACGUCAGACAAGUGCACUCAACAGAACGGCCCUUCAAAUGUGAGAAAUGUGAGGCAGCUUUUGCUACGAAGGAUCGACUUCGGGCGCACACAGUACGACACGAGGAGAAGGUGCCAUGUCAUGUGUGUGGCAAGAUGCUGAGCUCAGCUUACAUUUCGGACCACAUGAAGGUGCACAGCCAAGGUCCUCACCACGUCUGUGAACUCUGCAACAAAGGCUUCACCACGGCAGCAUACCUGCGCAUCCACGCGGUGAAGGACCAUGGGCUCCAGGCCCCGCGGGCUGACCGCAUCCUGUGCAAGCUGUGCAGCGUGCACUGCAAGACCCCUGCCCAGCUGGCCGGCCACAUGCAGACCCAUCUGGGGGGGGCCGCCCCCCCUGUCCCGGGAGAUGCCCCCCAGCCACAGCCCACCUGCUGAGGGGGACCCCUGCACCCACCAGGUACUGGUGAGGUCUGUCCAAUGGCUGCAGCGGCGGCGGCAGCAGCGGCGGCGGCAGCAGCGGCGGCAGUGGCAGCCCCUCCCACAGCUGUGGGCUCCCUUUCGGGGGCCGAGGGGGUGCCUGUGAGCUCUCAGCCACUUCCCUCCCAGCCCUGGUGAGCUCCAAGUUGAUGGGGAGGAGAGGGGAAAAUGGAGGAAAGUCCCUUGGUACCAUCUCCUCUUUCCCUCUCUCUUCCCACCAACUCCUCACACUUACCCCACCAACCAAGGAGCCUCCAGAAGGAAAGGAAGAAGAAAUGUUUUCUUAGGGGAAUUCGCUAGGUUUUAACAAUUUGUUUCUCCUGCUCCUCUCUUCUCCUUAUCAGACCUGACCCCACACACCUGUCCCCUUGGUUGUGUUGAAGCCCCCUGGACAGGGGCAGGGGUGGCAGAGGACAGGAGCAGCCACUGCCCUCACCCCCUCUCCUCUCUGUAAGCCCCUGCCCUGCCCUUCCAGGGAUUCGUGAGCCUUCUCCCUUGAUGGUCCUUGCUCUCCUCCUUCCAGCCCCCCUCAACUGUCUGCUGCCCCUCCUGGGGAGUUGGUGCUUUUUUUUUUUUUUUUUUUUUUUUUCAGGGGGAGGGAGAAGAGAAAGGAGGGAAAUUAAAGAUUCUGUCCCAGGGAGGGGAAACGGUGAGAUUUGAGAAGGGGCAGAAGCAGGGAAGGCAGAGGUUGUACCUUCAUAAGGUGGGGUUGUUUGGGGUCGGCCCUUGGGAUCUCAAGAUCCUACUUGAGAAUCUGUCAGGGCAAAACAAGUCAAGGGGAGCAAAAGAAGGAGCCACUAGGGCCAGAGGCAAGCCAAGAGAUGGAAUCUUGGGGGGCCAGGGUAAAUGGGGGGAUCCAGGGCCUAGAGGUGCUUCCUGGGGUGGGGGAAUGCAGCCGCAGUGUCUCCCCCUUCUCUCUCCCACCCCAGCUCCAGCCCUGGCCUUUUCUUUUCAUCCCUCUCCCCCACGACAAGCUGUGGCCCUGGCCAUGUCAUCGUGUUCCUGUGUCCCCUGCAUGUUCCCCACCCUUCACCCCCUCCUUUUGCGCGGACCCCAUUACAAUAAAUUUUAAAUAAAAACCUG